CCCGGGCGGAGGGGAAGCACCGCAGACCUUGGGGCUGAGGCCGGAGCAGAGCCGCCCAGGCCUGGCCCGGUGCGGGGUCCCGGCAGCCUCGUGGCCGGCCUCCCUGGGCUGUGCGUGGGUCCUGGCAGGAGGCCCGCGCCCCGAACGGCCACGUUGGAGAGCUGCUCCGCUCCGUGUUGGGACUUCCUCGGGAAGAGGACCUGAGGCCCGAGGGGGGCCUGCGAUGGUGCGGCGUCCGCCUCGGAUCCGAGGACCCCCUGAGCCAUGUCUCUCCCCGGCGGCAGGGACCCCGAGCGGCAUGUCAGGGUGAAGCAGCGGGGCUCAGUGCUGAACAUGCUCAGGAGGCUGGACAAGAUCAGGUUCAGAGGUCACAAGCGAGACGACUUCCUCGACCUGGCGGAGUCUCCCAACGCCUCGGACAACGAAUGUGGCGACGACGUGCCCCUGAGAGUGCCUCGGGCCCGGGACAGCGAGGAGCUGAGGGACCCUGCCGGUCCGGGGACCCUCAUCAUGGCCGCGGGAGCCCAGGACUUUAACCGGACGGAGUCUGAUCGGCUGAAUGAAAUCAAAGGUCACCUGGAAAUCGCCUUGCUGGAGAAGCACUUCCUGCAGGAGGAGCUCCGGAAGCUGCGGGAGGAAACCAACUCGGAGAUGCUGCGGCAGGAGCUGGACCGCGAGCGGCAGCGGCGGAUCGAGCUGGAGCAGAAGGUGCAGGAAGUGCUGAAGGCCAGGACCGAGGAGCAGGCGGCUCAGCAGCCUCCGAGGAACCAGGCCCCGGUCGCUAACGGAGCAGGCCCCCUGGCCCCGAGCCUCACCGGACGCCCGCCUGUGCCCGCAGACCGGCGGGGCCAGGGGCUGUGCCCCCGCGUGCAGAAGUGGUUCUACGAGAAGUUCGGGGAGUACGUGGAGGACUUCCGGUUCCAGCCCGAGGAGAGUGCGGUGGAGACGGAGGAGCCCCUCAGCGCCCGCAGGCUGACUGAGAACAUGCGGCGGCUGAAGCGCGGCGCCAAGCCGGUCACCAGCUUCGUGAAGAACCUGUCUGCCUUGUCCGACUGGCACUCCGUCUACACGUCCGCCAUCGCCUUCACCGUCUACAUGAACGCCGUGUGGCACGGCUGGGCCAUCCCCAUGUUCUUGUUCCUGGCAAUUCUGAGGCUGUCCCUCAAUUACCUCAUAGCCAGGGGCUGGCGGAUCCAGUGGAGCAUCGUGCCCGAGGUGUCCGAAGUGGUGGAGCCGCCGAAGGAGGACCUGACGGUGUCCGAGAAGUUCCAGCUGGUGCUGGACGUCGCCCAGAAGGCCCAGAACCUGUUCGGGAAGAUGGCCGACAUCCUGGAGAAGAUCAAGAACCUGUUCAUGUGGGUGCAGCCCGAGAUCACGCAGAAGCUGUACGUCGCGCUGUGGGCCGCCUUCCUGGCCUCCUGCUUCUUCCCCUACCGCCUGGUGGGGCUCGCCGUGGGACUCUAUGCCGGGAUCAAGUUUUUCCUCAUCGAUUUCGUCUUCAAACGCUGCCCGCGGCUGCGAGCCAAGUACGACACCCCCUACAUCAUCUGGAAGAGCCUGCCCACCGACCCGCAGCUCAAGGAGCGCUCCAGCGCCGCCGCCGUGUCCCGCAGGCUGCAGACGACGUCCGCGCGGAGCUACGUGGCCAGUGCGCCCGCGGGCCUGGGCCGGGACGAGGACGCCGGGCGCCUCCACAGCACCAAGAAGGGCAAUUUCCACGAGAUCUUCAACCUGACGGAAAACGAGCGGCCGCUGGCGGUGUGUGAGAACGGCUGGCGCUGCUGCCUGAUCAACAGAGACCGGAAGAUGCCCACGGACUACAUCCGGAACGGGGUGCUGUACGUGACGGAGAACUACUUGUGCUUCGAGAGCUCCAAGUCCGGCUCCUCCAAGAGGAACAAGGUCAUCCGGCUGGCGGACAUCACCGACAUCCAGAAGUACAAGGUCCUCUCUGUCCUCCCGGGGUCGGGCAUGGGGAUCGCCGUGACAACGCCAUCAACCCAGAAGCCGCUGGUGUUCGGCGCCAUGGUGCACAGGGACGAGGCCUUCGAUACCAUCUUCAGCCAGUACCUGAAGAUCACGGCGGGCGCAGCCUCGGGCAGCGACAGCUAGCGCUCCGGGCACGGGCGUGACUGACAGGGGAACCAUCGGGCGCCCUCCUGACCUUUGGCAAUAACCCUGGACCUGCGGCUUCUGUCGUGCGGACCUGCGUUCACAGACCCCGCGUGGGGGCGGGGGCGCUCGGACGGUGCCAGCCGCCGGCGGGCCAGGCAGGUCCCCGACUGCGGGCACAGGGCAGGGUCCUCCGAGGCCGCGGGAGGAAGACACACAGGACGCGCUGUCCCGUCCGCCAAGCACAGCGGCUCCUCUGUCCCCCGGGCAGGGCCGGCACGGCCCGCAGCGGCUCCGUGACCGGGCGCUCCCACCAAAGCCACAGCUGCAGGACGGCGAUGACACGGCGGGCCCCUGCCGCGUGGCCCCAGAGCGCCAUGGGCUAGUGUGGGCGCCGCGAGGGCCUGUGUCCGCGCCCGACGUGGGGGUGGAGGCUGUGAGCUGGAAGCACAUUUCCUAACACUUUGCUCUUGGGAGGCCCAGGGGGCUGAUGAAGGUGGGCGCCUGCGUGGCCGGCGUGGGCCUCCAUGAGCCUCCUGGCCGGUGAGGAGGGGCCUGGGGCUGCGGGGGCACAGGCGUGGCCCAGGCCCGUGGUGGGCCCAGCCGUGCAGACACUUGGGGAAGUGACCGUGAGCAGAGCCUAGAGGUGUGGGCCGGGCAGUUGCUCCCCUGGCGUCCGAGUGUUCCUGGCUGUGUCCUGCGCCCACACGCACACCCACGCGAGCACGGAUGGGAGCGAGCCCCGCCCUCCCCGCUGGUCUGGGCCCACCCUGCCGAGGACACCACAGCCCUGGUGGAGGUGGCCAGGCUCAGUGCAUUCUGGGACAGCCCUGGACGCCAGCCCGGUGUCCCCAUAGGCCUGUGGCCGCUGCAAAAACACGCUGUGGGAGUGGGCGGGUCACACGGCCCCCGGGGGUCAGCGCACGUCCCACACGGAUUACUCCAGCUCCACCCGUCCCGAGUCCCUUGGGUGUCGGUGAGAUUGUCGUUUUUUGAAGAAACAGAUUCUAUUUUUUACAGAGAGCAAGCUGUUCUUAUUUUUGUAUCAUUUUUCAGAUGUGAUUUUUACCUUUGCUCCGAUCCUCAUUUGCUGGUUUGGGUGAGAGGUUGGUAGCAUCGCUCCUGGGCCCUGGAGCACUGGGGGUGCCCCGCCAGCCAGACAAGCACACGCCGCCCCCGCGGUGAGGCCGGGGCCCGCAGCGCCCACCGGCUCGGGCACAGGUACUGGAAAGUGAAGGCAGGACCGUCUGAACCCUGGCUUUGCUCCCACGGUGGUCGCGGGUGGACCGCUCUCGAGGGCUGAGCCUCGGGGACACCCAGGGGCGCACCGCCGAGGGCUUCCCGUGUGGCGUCCACAGCGAGGCGUCGUGGGCCUGAGCUGCCCCGGGCUGGCCGUGGGUGGCCCCCAGGGGGCCAUGGGUCAGCGCGUGCCUCUUGGCCAGCAGGGAGGACUGUCCCCGGCUGGGGGGGCCCUGCGGUCGGGAGGGGGGGGUGGCCUGCAGCGGGCGAGGGCUCCGCGCUCCUGCAGGGGUGGUGGUGUUGGAGUCCCUUCUGAGAAGAAAGGGAGAUGAAAACUCACCACGUGACAGGGUGUGGCAGCCCAGCCCCCCCAUGGAGGGCAGAGGGGUGCUGGGGUACAGGGUGGGGUCCCCGAGUUGCACUGUGGGCUGGCGGCGGGCAGAGCGCAGACCUGUGCAGGCCCCGGGCUCCCUCCCGCCCGGGGACCUGUGGCUUCACUGAAUGUAAACCUGGGAGGCGUUUAAUUUCUACGACUCAUCCCUGGACGAGGGGGACGCUGACCUUUCUGGUCUGGAGCUCCUCUAUCUGUUUGUAAAUAUCGCGACGUGCAACUUUGUUCACGAAAGGAUUGUACUGUACGAGGCACCGAUGAAACCCCUCUGUAACAUUUUUUAAGAGACCUUGUUUAAAGAAGUCUUGUAUAAAUUAUAAUUUUUAUUUAAAUAAACCUGAAAUGCUUUGUGCUAA